AUGGCCGAGAAUCGUGGGCGCCUGUUGGGAAAGAUGAAGGGCGGAAAUCAGGUCAGACCCAUUGGCCUCGCGGGCUUCUGCAAAAGCCAUGGUAAGUAUCGGAUGGGACGUGCCCCGGGCUGGAAAGAUAAUGCUUCUUUUCGCCAAGGAACCGUGGUAUUCGUAUUGACCUUCGGAAUCCCUACCGCUCGCGGCGCGAGUCGAAACAAGAUGUUCGAAAAGUCUCUCUACGACCUGAUCAAGGGUCUUCGGACCCACAAAGGUGGAGAGGAUGAAUACGUCCAGGAUUGCCUGCGAGAAUGCAAGGCCGAAAUUAAAUCCCAGGAUAUGGAUAAAAAGGCCACGGCGCUUCUGAAGCUCAUCUAUCUUGAGAUGUUUGGGUAUGACAUGUCGUGGGCGGCUUUUAAUGUCCUGGAAGUCAUGUCUUCUUCGAAAUAUCUUCAGAAACGAGUGGGCUAUCUCGGAGCGGUGCAAAGCUUCCGACCGGACACGGAGGUUCUGAUGCUGGCAACAAAUAUGCUCAAAAAGGAUAUCGUGUCUCCCAGCAUUCCCUCUUUGUCCCUGCCGCUCGUCACCCUCCCGCAUAUCAUCACUCCUUCGCUGGCCAUGUCUCUGCUUCCGGAUAUACUAUCCCGUCUCUCACACUCAAGCCCCGUAGUACGCAAGAAGACGAUCGUGUGUCUCUACCGGCUUGCAUUGGUAUACCCGGAAGCACUCAAGCUAUCAUGGCCUAAAAUUAAGGACCAUCUGAUGGACGACCAGGAAGAUAUUAGCGUGACCACGGCGGCUAUCAAUGUUGUCUGUGAGCUUGGUUGGCGCCGGCCACAUGAUUUUCUGCCAUUGGCACCCCGACUAUUCGAACUACUGGUGGAUAGCGGCAAUAAUUGGAUGGCCAUCAAAAUCAUCAAGCUGUUUGCAACUUUGACUCCGCUGGAACCUCGACUGACACGCAAGCUCUUGCGACCGUUGACCAACAUCAUUCAGACUACCACGGCUAUGUCACUACUGUACGAGUGCAUCAAUGGUAUCAUUCAGGGUGGAAUUCUUGACGGUGAGGAGAAUCUGCAGGAAAGAGAUGAGGUUGCCUCAUUGUGCGUGGGUAAACUACGAGGAAUGAUAGUCAUGAAUUCGGACCCCAACCUCAAGUACGUUGCUCUUCUUGCAUUGAACCGCAUAGUUACAACACACCCCAUGCUCGUAUCUGUGCAACAAGACGUGAUCAUGGACUGUCUGGAUGACGCAGAUGUGUCUAUUCGCUUGCAGGCCUUGGAGCUUGCAGCUGGAAUCGUCACAAGUGACACCCUUCAAGCAGUGGUGAACCAAUUGGUGAAUCAGCUUCAAGUGGCCUCGUUGUCAUUCGCAAGGGACGCUACCGAUCCCGAAUUCGAUCCCGAAGCCGAUUCCUCCGCGCGAGCCGCAUCUGAAAGCCCCGAGGGGCAAAGGGCAUCCAACGUGGGACCUGACACCUCAAUUGACUUGCCCAGUGAAUAUCGAACCGAGGUCGUGAAUCGUGUGCUAGACAUCUGUUCACAGAGCAACUACGCGGAGGUGACCGACUUUGAGUGGUACGUGGGCAUUCUAGUCAAACUCGUCGGUCUACUCCCACCAUCGGGGCUGGAUGAGUAUUACCAGCAGACUCAAACGGGCAAAUGGUCCAUCAACGGCUCGAGAACGACUGUUGCGUUUCGGAUUGGAUCGGAGAUCCGCAAUGUUGCCGUGCGCGUGAGGGGAGUACGUCCGGAAGCAACCCGGGCGGCUGAGUCAUUACUGCUCGUUGACAACAGAUCGAUCCUUUUUCCAGCAGGCUCCAAUGUGGUCAACGAUGUUCUGGGCCCUAUUGCGUGGGUUGUUGGUGAGUAUGCAGAAUGCCUCGUGUCGCCUGACCGGGCGCUGCAAUCGCUGAUUGAUCCGUCUAAUGCAUCCUUGAUGCCCAGAACUUUACAGCUGUUCCUGCAGGCGAUACCGAAGGUGUUUGUUCAAUUAAAUCGCACCUGGGGGGCCAAAGAUACGUGGAAGAGUGAAUUGUCUCUUCUGUUGGCUCGAGUCGUGGAUUUCCUCGAGCUCUUAGCCGCUCAUCCGGAUCUGGACGUUCAGGAGCGGGCCAUUGAGUUUCUGGAAGUCCUCCGCUUGGGUGCCGAGGCGAUGCGCUCGAAUACACAGGAAGUGCCAUCGCUACUCACCUCCAUCAUUCCCAGCUUGUUCGAGGGCCUGGAACUCAAUCCCAUGGCACUGAGUGCUCAGAAGAAGGUGAUAUUGCCUCCAAGUCUGCGCCUGGAUGAGGCAUUCCAUGAUGAUCUGCCGGGCCUUUUCCGCAACCUGGACCGCUCGAUGUUGAAUGUGGACACGCGGAGUGUCUUACAGGACUUUUACCAUGUCCCGGAUCUUUCUCCGCCCGUCAACAAGCCGUUGUACGAAGCGGCCCCUAUCGAAGUGCAUCUCGGCCCAUCAUACCAGAACACAGUUGGCGGCACGAUCGAACAUCCAUCCGUCUUGGAAAGGAGAAAGGUUGAGCGCAGGGAACGUUUCAAGGAUGACCCGUUCUAUAUUGCUCCUGGGAGUUCAUCGGGCACGUCCACGCCGGUCCAUGACGUGUUUAAGUCGACCAAUGGCGAUGCGUUGGACAUUGAUUCAAUUCCAAUUGUCGAUUUGAAACUGGAUGAUGGACAGCAGGGCCGUGUUGAUCGUGAUUCUCUCACGGACCGUCAGAUCUCUCCCAAGAAAAUGGAGGUUACCGCCGAUGAAACAUUUGGGUCUGAUGACACUCCGUUACACGAUAGUUUGGCCGGAACUACCCGUGGGUCUACUGGCUAUAAGCGUUCUCUACUCCAGGUGGAUUCUAGCGGUCUCGGUCAGCUUUCACUGGGAAAGAAUGAUGAUAGAGACCCUAUCGUGGCCGGGGAUGAGGGUGACGCCGAAAUGACAAAGGCGAUGCAGAACGUGGAACAAAUGCGGCUGCGCAUGCAGCGAGCGUCCGAGCGAAUCCAAUUAGAGGGGACUCCGGCUGAGGGCACUCUCGUGAAGAAGAAGAAGAAAAGCAAGAAGAAGCCCGACGAUGGUGAUAUCGAGAAGACAGAGCCCUCUCGGGUCCGGGGAAAAAAAGAAGAAGAAAAGGGAGGCUGUUUGAUUGCCAGUCAUUUUAAAGUAGCUUAG